AUGUCGACACCUCAAUUGAACACUAUCGACUGCGCGCACACUUCAUCACCCACAUACUCUUAUGGCCCCUCAUUGCUAUUAGAAUCCAUUGAGAGUGAGCCUUCACCUCCGCCAUUGUACGAAAUCAAGGCCAGCCGCCCUUGGUGGCUCCAAAGUGCCGAGAAGCUGGACACUGUGGAUGAGGAAGCGCAGCACGGCUUCUGGGGUGCUUCGCCUCCCUUCCACAGCUAUGAUAAGAUUUCGCCCAUCCACAGGGGCGGGUGGUGCUAUGAUCACGGCUUCUGGAGCUUUUUGUCGAUUCUGAUAUCGAUCUCAUGUGUCUUAUUUGUCGCCAUAGACCUGGACCUAAAUCACUAUGCAGGAGUGGCUCACUGGGUGGUCCAUGGAGACGCACAUGCUGUCAAGACAACUCACCAGAUGCAAUUUUGUCUCAUGACGCUGAGUCACGGCACAUCCAGCCCGCGGAGCUGGCGAUACAUGCCGCCUGCAAACCUUGAGAACUGCGCCACGAAGAUUGUUACGCUGUUUGCCAGUUCAUCUGAACAACAGCAACUUCGAUUGAACGACGAGGUUAUCAUUGGGGAUAGUCGAACAUUCACUGCAAAACACAAAGAGGAUGGGAAAAGUAUCCAUGAUGAAAUACUAGAAGAAUUGGGCGACGACAUCGCGGAGGAGGGAAAGUUGAGACGUUUGAUCCCGGGAACUGCUUUGUGA